CAGCAGCUGUUGGUGGUUAAAGUAGAGCAGCAGGAGUGGAGCUCCAGUCUGGACCAGGAGGACCCAGAGCCCCCACACGUUGAAGAGGACCCAGAGCCCCCACACAUUAAAGAGGAACAGGAGGAACUCUGGACCAGUCAGGAGGGAGAGCAGCUUCAAGUUCUGGAGGAGGCUGAUAUCAAGUUCACAUUCACUCCUGUGAAGAGUGAAGAUGAUGAAGAGGAAGCUCAGUCCUCACAGCUUCAUCAAAGACAAACUGAACAGAUGGAAACAGAAGCUGAUGGAGAGGACUGUGGAGGACCAGAACCAGACAGGAACUCAGAUACUGAUAGACAUCCAGAACCAGAUACUAAUGAGAAGACUGGAGACUCUUCUGACACUGAUGACAGUGGAGAUUGGAAGGAGACCAGAAAACCUCAGUCGGGUUUAAACUCUGUGAAUAAUGAAGUUCCUGUCAGUGAUUCAAGAUGUAGUGCUGGUGAGAAACUAUUUAGCUGCUCAGAAUGUGGUAAAAGUUUCACUCUAAAUGGAAAUCUGAAGAAACACAUGAGAUUCCACACAGGAGAGAAACCUUUCAGCUGCGCAGAAUGUGGUAAAAGUUUCACUGAAAAUGGAAGUCUGAAGAAACACAUGAGAUUCCACACAGAAGAGAAACCUUUCAGCUGCUCAGAAUGUGGUAAAAGUUUCACUCAAAAUGGAAGUCUGAAGACACACAUGAGAUUCCACACAGGAGAGAAACCUUUCAGCUGCUCAGUCUGUAAUAAAUCUUAUUCAGUGAGUGGACAUUUAGAGAGACACAUGCUAACUCACACAGGAGAGAAACCUUUCAGCUGCUCAGAAUGUGGGAAAAGUUUCACUGAAAAUGGAAAUCUGAAGACACACAUGAGAUGUCACACAGGAGAGAAACCUUUCAGCUGCUCAGAAUGUAGUAAAACUUUCACUCUAAAUGGAAGUCUGAAGAGACACAUGGUAAGUCACACAGGAGAGAACCCCAUUUAGUUGUUCUGGUUUUGAUGAAUUUGACAUUAAUUCCAC